GGCGGGGGCGGUGCUGGAUGUGUUAGGGACCGGCCGUGGUCCUGGCCCGAGACUCGAGCCCUAGAAGGGAGCGAACAGGCUGCGGGAGCCAGGACUUCUGAUUGCCAUCACCUUCUGCCCCAUCACCAGCCCUCACCAUGAACCCAGACCUGCGCCGGGAGCGGGACGCUGCCAGCUUCGAUGCGGAGAAACUCACCUACAUCCUGGAUGGGGGCUGCGAGAGGACCCGGCGCCGCCGGGAGAUCGAGAACUUGAUUCUGAAUGAUCCGGACUUUAAGCAUGAAGACUUGAAUUUCCUUACCCGAAGCCAGCGCUAUGAGAUAGCUGUCAGAAAGAGUGCCACAGUGGUGAAGAAGAUUCGAGAUUUUGGCAUUGCUGAUCCCGAAGAGAUCAUGUGGUUUAAAAAACUACAUUUGAUCAAUUUUGUGGAACCGGUUGGCCUCAAUUACUCCAUGUUUAUCCCUACCUUGCUGAAUCAGGGCAACACUGCUCAGCAACAGAAAUGGCUGCCUCCAACCCAAGGACUCCAGAUAAUUGGCACCUACGCCCAGACCGAGAUGGGGCACGGAACUCACCUUCGAGGCCUAGAAACCACAGCAACUUAUGACCCUAAAACACAGGAGUUUAUUCUUAACAGCCCUACUGUUACUUCCAUUAAGUGGUGGCCUGGUGGACUUGGGAAAACCUCAAAUCAUGCCAUAGUUCUGGCUCAGCUCUACACUAAGGGAGAGUGCUAUGGAUUGCAUGCCUUCAUUGUACCUAUUCGAGAAAUAGGAACCCACAAACCUUUUCCAGGCAUUAUCGUCGGAGACAUUGGGCCCAAGUUUGGCUAUGAUGAAAUGGAUAAUGGUUACCUAAAGAUGGACAACUAUCGAAUUCCUCGGGAAAAUAUGCUGAUGAAGUACGCCCAGGUCAAACCUGAUGGUACAUAUGUGAAGCCUUUAAGUAACAAACUGACUUAUGGAACCAUGGUGUUUGUCAGAUCCUUUCUUGUGGGAGAGUCAGCUCGAUCGUUGUCUAAAGCUUGCACUAUUGCCAUCCGCUACAGUUUAGUAAGGCACCAGUCUGAAAUCCAGCCAGGAGAUCCUGAACCCCAGAUCUUGGAUUUUCAGACCCAGCAGUAUAAACUUUUUCCUCUCUUGGCCACUGCCUAUGCCUUUCAAUUUGUGGGAGCCUACAUGAAGGAAACUUAUCAUCGCAUUAAUGUGGACAUCAACCAAGGGAACCUGAGUGAACUACCCGAGCUUCAUGCACUGACAGCUGGGCUUAAGGCUUUCACCUCUUGGACAGCGAAUUCUGGCAUUGAAGCCUGCCGAAUGGCUUGUGGCGGGCAUGGAUACUCCCACUGCAGUGGCCUCCCAAACAUUUAUGUCACUUUUACCCCCACCUGCACCUUUGAAGGAGAAAACACUGUGAUGAUGCUCCAGACAGCUCGGUUUUUGAUGAAAAGCUAUGAUCAAGUUCACUCAGGAAAGUUGGUGGGUGGCAUGGUGUCCUACUUGAAUGACCUGCCUAGUCAGCGCAUCCAGCCACAGCAGGUGGCAGCUUGGCCAGCAAUGGUGGAUAUCAACAACCCAGACAGCCUCGCAGAAGCCUAUAAACAUCGAGCAGCCCGAUUAGUAGAAGCUGCAGCAAGGAACCUUCAAGCCGAAAUGAAGCACAGAAAAAGCAAAGAGAUAGCAUGGAACUUAACCUCGGUGGACCUUGUACGAGCAAGUGAGGCUCAUUGUCACUAUGUGGUAGUAAAGCUCUUUGCUGGAAAUCUCUCCAAAGUUGAUGACAAACCCAUUCAAGCAGUCCUGAAGAAUUUGUGCCUCUUAUAUGCCCUGUAUGGAAUCAGUCAGAAUUCUGGGGACUUUCUACAGGGGGGCAUCUUGACAGAGUCCCAGCUUACCCAAGUGAACCAGCAGGUGAAGGAGCUCCUGACAAUAAUCCGCCCCGAAUCUGCUGCUUUGGUGGAUGCAUUUGACUUUCAAGAUGUUUCACUUGGCUCUGUGCUUGGCCGCUAUGAUGGCAAUAUUUAUGAAAAUAUGUUUGAAUGGGCCAAGAAAUCUCCACUGAAUAAAUCAGAGGUCCAUGAAUCUUAUCACAAACACCUGAAGCCACUGCAGUCCAAGCUGUGAAAUCUGUUAUAAGCAACCCUAUCAGCUCCAGAAAGCAUAGAUGCUUUGCCUUCCUUUACACUGGAUGCAUAUAUCCUGAAUGGAAUCUUUAUCAAAUACUGAACAAAUAAUAAAUUGGUCCCUUAUCCUCUUUUUAUAAAUGAAGAAAAAUGGACAUAUUUGGGAGAUUGAAUAGAAAAUGGAUGUGUCUUAAGUGCAAUUAAUAGUGAGAGAGACUUUUUAAGCAUUCAGAAAAGCUUUAUAAAAAUAUAGUAUGGCUUCUAUUCAUAAUGCUGCUAAUUUCUGUGGUCUGUGACCUCUGUGAUAAUUAGUAGUUUUUAACUACUAAGUAGUUGACUUUUCAAGUUAUAACUGCUAAUCACUGGAUAGAUUUUAAGCAUGAGUAAGUGUUUUUAAGCAAAAGGUAUAUUUUGAGGUACAGUAGAACCUCAAUUUGCAGGCUUGCCUGCAAAUGUCCCACAACUCUUAUAAUCCUGGGACUGUCUCAAAAAGUAUACCAUAAGGAACUAGAGUAGAGAGGGGAGGUCCAUCUAAAUGUUUAGUACCACUGCUUUGUGGCAGACCCCUUUUUCCCCACUAUUCAUUUUCUCCUUUGACAAUUAAAUACUAUGGACAAGUGUCUUGUGCCCCAGUAACAUUUCCCAGCCCAAGCAUUCUGUGGCAGCACCUUCCUAGUAUGAUUAGAAAUUGGCUCAUUGACCUUAUCCCUUUAGUUUUAACUAAGUACUGUAGCUGCUUUUCUACUUAUAUCCUUCCCAAUGAGAAGCAGUGUUUACCUCUGUGAGGACUAAGAAUAAAGUUAGCACUUCAAAAUUAAAAUGAUUAAAUAGCACCCUAAAGACAAUAGUGGUUGGUGCUUGGUCUCUAUGAAAGGGGUAAUGAGGGCAAAUCUUUUCUGAAAGGAAAUAGAGAACAGCUCUUCUGAGUCACUGUAGCUGGGGGGAAAAAAAAGGACCACACAGGUUAGCAACUCAUUAGUGCAAGUGUGAUUUUUUAGUUUCUUUCUGCUCUUAAGGAGCUAUAUCUGAAAUGCUAAAAAGUCCCUUUCUUAUUAAAGUCUCAUUUGCACAGUUGUUCAGUAGCAAAGAUUUAAGAUGUAGCUUUUAAUUGAACUUUGUGAUUUCAUUGAAAUCAAUGUAAUAUAAAACAGCAGAAGUCAUUUAAUUUUAUACCUCUUUCUGUGACACCUGCCUGAUGAAAAUCUACCUGUCCUAGAAUUUUACUUGACUCAAAUGUAGGACUGUAUAAAAACCAAGAAAACUUUGGAAUAUGUUAAAUUAUCUUUGCAAACUAAAGGAAUAACGCUAAUGAAAUUUGACCAGGUAAAAUGACUAAUAUAAGAAUCUGAAGUUUAAAAAUAUUAUUAUAGGUUUACUCAAACUGUGUCUUUCUUGGAGGAAAAUUAAUCAUACUUUUUAAGUGUGACAAUUAUUAACUUCUAGUUAGGCAGCAAUACUGUUCUUUUGUCAAUCAGGAACAUGACCUUAUAUCUGAGUUAGUGAGAAAGAGACAAAAGGAAAAAAUUAAGGUGUUGAAUGUUAUCCUUGUUGCAAUAUAGAACCAUUAUUUCAGUGAUAGUGCUUAAAUGUAUUCUACCAAGAUAUAUUUGUGUAGUGAUACUAUUAAGUGGAUCAGAAUAAGACUUGGUUUUGUGAUCACGAUAAACAAGUUUGAGGAGAUUGCAAAUAUCAGAAGGACCCUAAAAACCUAGCAGAUCAAGUUUCAUUUCCCAACUAACUCAUGCAGCACUUUUUGUACUGUUUAAUUCACUAAGAUUCAGAUGCUUUGCACCAAUUUAAUCAAUGCAAAUGGAGUCUCUUAAAAUUAAGAAUGCAUAUGGAUUCUGAUAACUUGAGAGUGCAAAACCUCACUAAUUUGGAAUCAGUCUCAAUUAGUAAAAACUGAAUUUUUCAGUUUAUAAAAUUUUAUAAAAUUUUCAUUCUCUUCAAGUGCAAAAAUACUAAAGGCAAAUAAAGUGGAACCUACUUUAAUAAAUAAGAAUCAUUUAAAAUUUACAUCAGUUGUUUUGUCCAAACAACAUGAUUCCAGAAGUAUUUUAAAACUACUAGCUUUCUUAAGUAAGCCAAACUUUUGAAAAUCCUUUCAGUCUAAUUUGUUAUUCAUUUUCUUAUUAUAGUAGUAAAAUCUUAGUGCAGACAUAAAUUUCAGAUCCUCGGAAUAAUCAAAUAUAGAAUCACUGUGUGCUGAAGUAGAUAGUUUUAUUUAAUUAACUUUUGUUAGAUAAUGUUGAUGCAAGCCUUUUGGAGAAAUGCUUUGUCUUGAUCAAUAUAGAAAAUUUAAAACUAAAUGUUUGUGAAUUUAAUUCAGGUGAUUUUUGGAUUCACUGAUUAAUCUCCCCCGUUGGUAUUUUGAGUACCUGAAUUCUGUGGUGUUCUGUAAUGCCUGUUUACUGAGUAGUAUUCAGUAUUUUCAGCUUGAGUAGUCUCAGAGGACUUUGUCCAAAGUCCCUUUGUAUUUCAUUGUUCUUUUAGGUAGUUUUCUUAAAUAUCAGCUUAUCUUCAUUCAUAGAGAGUGUACUUAUUUGUAGCACAGUGACUGAAUUCAGGUACUUCACAACAGCUUUAAUCAGGUGCUCCUGCCAUAAAUUUGAAUUUGUCAUAUACCUAAAAGGUACCUGUCUCUUUGAAUGUUAAUAGUUAUUAAAUUACAUCUUUAUUUUUUUUGUUUAAGGAGAAAGAACUCUUAAGUGGAGACUUGAUAACUUUCUCCAUUCUGGAUGAAAAAUUCCUACAACUAUUUGGUUUUUGCCCACUUAACUUUUAAACCCCUCUCCAUUUCUGUUUUUUGUUUAUAUCUGAGAACCUCAGUUUGAUGUUAGUAGGCAAAUUUUACAUCUCUACUUAACACAUGCUAAUAAUACUUUUUGAAACCCCAGAUCCAGCGUCAAAACAUCCCCUUUUUAAUGAGGAGGUUCUGAGGUGUGAGACUGGGCUGGAGUGACAUUAGGGAACCUGACGUUUGAAGACUUGGAUUCUCAACUCUGAAAGGCUUCCUAUAUUCACCUGAUUUCAGUGGUUUUGACUUGUUUCAUGAUCAGACUUGUCUUAUUGUAUAAUCAGAUACGACUUCAUUUUUAGAGCACUGAACAAAAUCACCUAGUAAAACAAGGACUUAAAAUAACACUUAAAACUAAGGUUUAGGGUUUUUUUUUAAUCUAGUCAAAUUUAUAUUCAAAUUUUCAGUACCAUUUCUAGGAUGAAGUCAAUAAACACCAUAUAAGAGAGCUUUGUAGGUAAAGAGGGGUGGUGUGGACUCUUAUCGGAUAAAGCACAAAUCCUACACUCAAAGUGAGGCAGGAAAACAUGUGUCCCUUAUUCUGGUGUACUGUCAUUUAAAAUUAUGUGAAGAUAGUAGGAAAAAGUUUGGGGGGGGUGGAGAAUGGUUUUAAAUAUUCUGAACUAUAUUAACAAAAGCUAUUUUUGCUGCUGUGCUUACUUUUCAUUACUAUUCUGUUACACAAAUCAAGAGUUUGCUGUAGAAAGUAUGGAAUGUUAUCAUGGGAAUAACCCUUGAGUACUUUCUGCCUCUUAAAAUGCAUACAAUCAUAUUUCAAACUUAAGGCCACGGAACCAGUCAAAUGGUUUGUAACUAUCUCGGUAAGGGAGCCUUGGGUUCUAGCCUCAGCUCUGUCACUAACCAACCCUUAGAACCUGGGCAUGCCAUUCCAUUCCUCUAGGCCUCGGAUUCCUCACCUCUAACAGGUUCUAUGCGCAGGCGCCUUCCCAAGUAUUUGUAAUCCGCACCCCCGAACUCCCUUGCUCUCGUGUUUGUCGCGGGGCACGCUGCACGCCUCUUUGAGGGGAUUCCCCUAAAGCGUCGCCCCCAACGAUGGCUAACCUUGCGUGAGAAAGGGCGGGCCGGGUGACCAGGCCGCCUGAACCCACACUUGUCUUUUGGUCUUUGUGAGAAGUGAUAACGUUAAUAAAGAUGUAUAAUUAGUACAAAUGAGAAA